AUGAAAAGACUACAAAUGGUUUGUGUUCACCUUUUACUCAAUGGAAAAAUGGAAUAAUAUCAAUGUUUCGAAUUUUAGUUAAUUACAAACAGUUACAGAGAUCAAAUGAUGAAUUAUAAUGUGAAAAGAAAUUUCAACUCAUCAGUUUUAAUUUAUUCUUUUAAUGUGAUAAAAGUACAGUGUAUAUUUUUCACCAUCGAAUUUGCUUUUCAGUUGAAUCGCUAUUCUCAGUUUAUUUUUAGAAUUUAUCUGAUAUUGUUUAAGUUAUUAUUUAAACAGAAAAUGAUACAAUUUCAAUGCUGAAUUAAAGCAGUUACGUUGUUUAAAUUAUAUAAAUUUGGAGGUUUGUUACUCUAAUGUGAUGCAGUCUAGUGACCAUAAAUUAUCAUUAUCUCAUUUCCAUAAACUAUUCGAUGAGAUUAAGAUUAAUCAAUAUGCUUCUCGAGACACAACUCGACCAUCUAAAUAUGACAUCCGAGCUCAUGAAGCAAUUAAUGAAUAUGAAGCGAAAAUAUAUCGUUUAUUACCUUUAUUUCUCAAGGUCUAUGGUUCAUCAACUACUCCUGUGUCACCCGCAGCCAAACCCUCCAGCGAUCUGUUGAAAUUUGAUGAUCUUAAAACACUGGCCAGUAUUGUCUCUCGAUUAAUGGUCACUGAAAUAAGACGCCGUGCGAGCAAUAAAACGACAGAACAAGCAAGUGAAACGAUUGUCAAUUUCUUGGAGAUUUCCUGUGAAGAGAUGAAUACCUCAGCUUUUUCUCAAGUUGCAGAAACACCAGACCAAGAGAAAGCAUUUCAAUCCGAUUCGCAAAGUAACCAAUCGAAAGAUGACCACAAGGGAUGGCUACUUUUGUCCACUCUCAAUCUUUUGGUUUGUCAUGGAGAUGAAUCAUUAAUAUCCAUCAUGGCUGCUAAUUCCCUACCUUCGACUUUAGUUAGAUGUCUUUAUCUUUUCUAUGAUUUACCUCAACCUUUACAUACAACUACAACCCGAGAAUGCUCAGCCACAUAUACAGUUGAAUCUAUCUCCAGGAAAUUGACCCGAACACAAUUCGCAGCGAAAGAUUUAUCCAAUAUAUCUGAACCUAUCGAAUAUUUGAAUCACACUGAGAAAAGAUUAUUAUUACAUCGCACUUUUGGCUCUCUUUUAACUCGACUUUGCGCUCAUCCAGCUUCGCUUCACGAACUCACUCGAAAAGACGAUUUGGCUCUUCUAUUCAACGCAGCCACUUCUUGGUGUAUUUCACACAAUUGUCUUUGGAGAGAAACAGCAGCCCAAGUUAUUCUAAUCAUGGUCAAGCGUAAUUGUAUCAAUACAAGUUAUCUACACGAGAAAUCGUGCCUAUCAGUUUCCAUAGAAAAUAUUUCCCGGAUGUGUGAACUUUCAAAAGCUUCAGAUGAUGAAAUUGCUGAAAUGUUGGAAGUUAUCAUUAAUUUCAUAACUGAAGUUUACUAUGCUCAUCCGUCUUCCGUGAGCGUUUUGCUUGAUGAUUUCGCCAAAAAUCAUGGUUACACUUUAAUUGUUGACUUUGUUCUUAAAAUGGAACAUGAUAUAAAUCUUUAUGGCAAUAAUAUAAGGAAAAUAAUCUCAUUGGUUACGUUGUUAUGUAAAAUUGGAACAGCGGAAAUUAAACCAAGGCCACUUAGUGUUAAUCAGCUGUUCAUCAUGGAGGAAUUCACUUGGCCCAAACCUAAUCCGAAACAUUCAGUAAAAAAUUUGAGUGCUUUCAAUGUUGUACAAUCUUUAUGGUUCAAAUGUAAAUCAACUUUCGUCCAGGAAUUGAUUCUCGCUGGACUUUUUUCACUUUAUCGUGAUGACAGAGCAAAUUAUUUUAUCCUUGAUUCUCAAAAUACUUUACCACAGUUUGCAGAGCGACUUCACCUACGAAGUGUCUCGGUUCAAGAGAGGUUCUUUACUAUUCUGGAAUACAUUAUAUUCGAGAUGAAAUAUGUACCCGUUAAAGAGCUGAUAAGUGCGAGUCUAAUUAUCAAAGCGAAAAUAUCAACCCAAAGUCUUUUAUUGAGCUUGAAAAGUUUACUCUCGAUAAUCAAAUUUAACACAAUAUUUCCCGAUGUAUUUCGAGAAGUUGGAUUAUUAGAUAUAAUAACAUAUCUUUUCAUUGAACAGAGUAAAAAUAUUUUGAUGCCAACCAGUCCUAUAGAUGAUUCUGAUUUAACCGUUCUCGAAAUCAUUAUGGAUCUAAUUUAUAACAUGUUGAACGGACCAAAUAAUCAGAAUUGUGCUUUAUUCAACGAAGCUUCGGGAUUCAAGAACAUAUUAUAUUUUCUUCCAAUAACCUCCUCCAGAAUAUCAAAACAAAUUCGUAAAUUUUGUUUCCAAAUUAUUCAACAGUUAAUUUUAUCAAAUAAUGGAGAUGAAACUCUAGCGAAUCUACUCUCUAUGCUUCGAACCUCAGGAAGUGUUGAUGGAUUGCCCGAUAUUGAUAAACCUGAGUUGACCUUGCAACAAGAAAUAUACUUGAAAUCGUCAAUUCUUAAAGGUUUACUUCAAGUGAUUCGAGAUAGUCAUCGGUGUCGAGCACUUUUCAGGAAGGUCGGAGGCUUUAUUUAUGUCAUGUCAGUGCUGGUCGAUAUGGAAGGGUGUCUUGCAGAUAAUCAUCAGCUACCAGAUGAGUGUGUGAAAAAAGCUCAGAUGACCGAAAAUAAGAUCACUCGAUGGUCAACGAUUGAGAAGAGAAAGAUUUGGAAUCUGUUGAGACACGUGUUUACUAUCUUAGCAUCGGCAAUGAGAUAUGAACCUGCGAAUGCGCGUUUUUUUGCUAAUGAGAUUUGUCCUGUCAGCCUUACUGAUUCCUUGCGUCUUCUGGGCUGCUUUACACAUGAUGAUCAGUUAAAGCCGAAAAAAUCAUUUUCUGAGUCCUCGAAUAGUGAUAAUAACGAAUGUGAUGAUUCAAUCAAUUCAAUAUCAUCUGUUGCCAACUUUCAAGAAGUUUUCUAUUGCUCUUUAAACACAUUACCUCCUAAACAAAGUAUGAACUGCCUUGAAUCGUGUACGCUCAUCAUGAGGCUAUUAUUAGACAUGGCCUUAGAUUUAAUCGACAAGUCUCCUAAACAUCAUCCACUAGCGGCCAAUCAUAUCACAGAAAAAAAUAAUUUACUUGUUGAAUCAGAGAGGAAACUGUCAACAUAUUCACAAAAAGUAACUACAAAUCCAGAAUCAUCUAAAACAAAAUCAUCUUCACCAAUGCAAACACAAGCAAAUACCAUUAAAAGGCCGCCAAAACAAUUAACCUUGACUGGUGACAAUUCAGUUAAUAAUCAACCUGUGAUAAUUCAUUCUAGUGUAAUAAUUGUUAUGUUUCAUCUGAUCCCCUCAAUUCCCAGUGAGCCACUGCAACUUUUUAUAACCCAAGUACUGAGUUUACUCAUGAAAUUGGAACGCAAUCAGCAAGUUAUGUGCGAAGCUAAAUUGCUGAGUGAAAUUUUGAGUAGCAAGUUGAACAUUUCAAUUACGAACCAAUAUCAUCAUCUCCAUAGUCCAAUGCAAUACAUUUUGGAGAGACUUUCGGCCCAAAGUAUUUCGCCCAAGGAACUGAGAAGUUUUCUUCGUCUUAACAAUCCAUUUAACUGUUUAUCUUCUGACGAUAAAUUAUACAAAGCAAAUGGUCAAGAAGAUCAUGAUAGAGUUAAGGCCGGUGAACCGAUAGCUUUAUCCCAAGUUAAAACACUGGUAUCAAUGACCACUCCAAGAGAUACUGAGGUCACCAACUUGUUGGAACCUCCAUUCGUUGAAUUUGACAUGAGCCAGGAAGGUUUUAGCUGUUUAUUUAUCUCUUCAAUCGCUCCUUUCUCUUCUGAAAGUGGGACAUCCGCCGCGACGAACAUCCUUACUGGGACCAUAACAGCAUCAAAUGAUAGCAAUAAUUCAAGUUCUACCUGUAAUGGUGGUGUCAAUGGUGGAAUCGGAACUGGAGAGCGACCUUUUCCUCCUCAGGCUGGUCUUACAUUUCUCACUUGGAUUUGUGUCCAAAAGUUUUCUUCUUACGAAGAUGAGUCUCAUAAUAUCAGACUAUUUACCGUUACUCGAGGUGUUACCUCAGGUAAAGAAUAUGCUUGCUUUCAGUUACAAAUUUCGUCUCGAGAUCGUGCCCUUAUAAUCUCAACCCAAGAGAUUCCAAUUUUUGGUGACGAUGACACCGCAUUCGACCCUUCUCAUGUUAGUCUUGAGAUGGAUUAUAAUCUACGAGUUUGGUCACCUGAACUGUUGAGGGAAAAUCAAUGGCAUCAGAUUGUUGUCGUUAUGAAUAGAGGUUUGCUCAAGAAUAGUUCAGUUACCGUUUACGUUGAUGGUCAACUAAUCACUAGUCAAAAGCUUCACUACAUUAAUACUACUUCUUCUGUCGGAUCAGUUUCCAAUAAUUGUCAAUGUUUUGUAAAUGGUUUCAUUGGUACUCCGCCACAGUGUAGGAAACAAUCAAGACUUAUCUGGAAACAAGGCCCUUGUCAAUUUCUGGAAGAGCCGUUGACCGCUGCUCAUGUAAUGUUUAUACACUCAUUGGGACACAAUUACAUUGGAUCAUUUCAAGGGACAUCGAUCCAAAGUGAAUUGGGCUCCAUCAGCUCAAACAUACAGCAAAUACCCGAGGAUAAGGUCGUUUUCGGGCUCUCUGCUCGUGCCAUAUCAAUAAUGACGCUUGCACAAAUGAAAAGAGUUUACUCUCGAUUUGAUUGUCGCAUGAUUAGUAAGAUAAUUGGUCUUUCACUCAACGAAAAUGCUACACCAAUUUACGUGCUUCACAAUUCAGCUGGUCAUCUCUGUGGACCAAGUCGUAGUCUAGGAGCAAUACUUAUUGGUUACAUUGGUGCUCGUUGCUUCAUUCCUCAACCUGUUUCGGUAACGAUACAAUAUAUCGGAGGCUGUGCCAUUUUACUUGGUCUUGUUGCCAAUUCUCAAAACGCUGAGAGUCUUUAUGCUUCAGUUAAAGUGCUCGUUUGUGUGCUCAAGGUAAACAAAGAGAUGGUCAAUGAGAUGGAUCGAAUCAAAGGAUAUCAGACACUUGCGAUGCUUUUAAGGCGAAAACGCAACUACUUAAAUUCGCAUACAUUAUCUUUAAUUUUCGACUUUGUCGUUACUUUUGAAAAUCGAAUGAAUGAAAAUAGUUCACUAGAAAUUAAACGAGAGAAAGCGUUUAAAGAUCUAUUGUGUAACCAAAUUGACCUGUGGUCUCAAAGUGAUCUACUUAAACCAUUAUUGGAACACUUUAGUGAACUUCUUCACGAAUCAAAGCCCGAAAAUAAUCCAAAGGCAGAAAACAAGUUGAAAAACCUUCGAAUCCUUAGAGAUUUGAAUCUAUCAUGUCAUCUUCUUGAACUUCUCUGGAACCAUCGAACAUUGGAACCAAGAGUGGUCCAAGAUAUCGGUAUUCUAAUCACAGCACUUCUCAAUCAAACUCAUCGACACAAUGAUUUAUUAUACUUCGGUCAGUUCCUGGCCUCUUUGUUGCCCCACGUUGAAUCUGAAAGGUCAACUGAAGUGAUCGAGAUUCGCAAUCUAUUGCUCAAGGUUGUUCUUAAAUUGAUGACUCGUUGUUCCAAAGUUCAGGUCAAUCAUCUUUUCCAAGAAGAAAUUGUUCGAACUCUUGGAUUCGACUGGUUCCUAUUAUUUCUACAGGGUGCAGAGCUUAAUAAAGAUACAGUUGCUAUUGGACUUGUAAACUUAAUGGUGCUACUGAGUAACCCGAAUAAUAAUGUCAAAUUCAAAGAAGGAUCUCUCAACGGUGGUUGGAUCAAAGAUGCGAAGUCGGACUUCUUGAACCGAUCUAAUUUUCAUCUUCUUGGUUUCAACAUACCGUCACCAUCGCCUACACCUUCAGCCUCUUCAUCAUCUGCACCAACCUUUUUUUCAUCCGCACAUAAACAGACCACUGCCGAGAAAGCGAUUCGUGAAGAUAUACUUACCAUUCCUGGUUUUCAGCAUUUAUCGUGGUUAAUGAAUAAUCAUCUCGAUAAACCUCAAGUUUAUCUCAUUUUAUUUCAAGGAUUAGUGGGACAAUUUGUACAACUUUCUCCUUCGGUGAUUGGUGCGAUUGAAGCUUUCGAUGAUCUUACAUUGGAUAGUUUAUGGAAUUGCCUUUUCGACAGUCGAAAAAACUCAUCUCGAACCGUUAAAAGUAAAUUAACUUGCCCUGAUCUUACGUUGACCUUAUUGGGUAUGAUUCAUUCCCUUGUCUGGCUGGAAAAUAUUGAAAAACGCAGAGCGGAAUCUUUUAGCGUUACAUUGGUACAAUUUCUGGUGCUUCUCUAUCAAAAUCGAAAAGAUUUCCAAACUUAUUGUCACACAAAUAUUGAUUUCGUUAAUAGUCUAUGUCGUGUUGUAAUUCGAGACAAAGAAAAAAGCACCAAAACCAUGUUAACUUCCAACGAAGCGGUCAAGCACGUUAUGGACUUCAUCAGAUUGAUCAUUGUUGACGCAAUGAUCUGUGCCUCAGGUCCAGACUCUAAAACAAUCGCAGUAACCGAAGCUUUUCUUGCAGCACUGAGUAACUCCAAAAUAGCCCAGACUGAAUUGAUUAAAUCUCUGAUGGAUCAUCUUGACUCCCUAACCACUGUCAUGUCCCAGCAGCAGCAUUUUGAAGGUUCAUGUGACAGUAAUCAAAUCAAUCAACUUCAACAACAAACAAUCUCUAAUAUCGUUACAUUUUCCAGCAUUUUAUCCGAUAAAAUUUGGCAGGAGUGUUAUCUUCGUGAUCGCAAAGAAAUAUUAAGUUUCCAGUUAAAUCUACUGAACAAAUUGUCCUUUACAAGUCAAUCGAACAAAGGUUCACGAAGUGUUGUCAACAGCGAAUUGGCUCUGCUUUAUCGAUCUAUCAAUAGAACUGUUCUAUUUCUCCUUUCACGUCCAAUCGAUACAAUACCCGAUCGUAUGAUGGUACUAGAAUCACUGCAACGGGUUCAUAAUUAUCGACAGAACAUUUUGUCUUCCCCGAACAAUAAUAAUCCGUCUUUCUUUGCUUGUUUGACUUACUGUUUACUGAAACUUGUUGACGAGAAGAAAAAUUGUUUAACCGCCAAGAAACGAGUACCAUCAUGGCAUUCAGCUGAAUCUUCCGAGAAAGACAUGAUAGUACAGCCUGAUGAAGGUGCUCUGUUGAUCGCUUCUGUGGCUCGAAAAAUUUGGAACGAAAUUUAUUUAAGCAAGAAAAUGCUUCUUGAAGAAACUCUGAAAAUCAACUUAGCUCACAAUCUCUCUAGUUUUGGAAUAAUUUCAGAAAUACCUGAUUUAGUUUCUCUUGGAGAUUCUCUUUUAGAUAUAACUCAGAAAUUUUGGAACGAAUAUCAAGAGUCGGAAAAUUUGCGACAAAAAAGAAAUAAAACCAAUCUGAUAAACAUCUCGAUAGAUUCGCCGUUUUCACCGACAACCACAAUGUUAAUAUCGGAGAAACUUGGUAACAUCAAUAAGUUGACGCAAGUUGUAAAUUCUGGAGGUGGACUUAUGUCAAAAAUAGUUGUUGGCACCACGGGAGCGGUUUCUGGUGCUAUAUCAAACGCGGUUGGUUCAACAAUCAAGAAAGAAAUUUUCAAAUCAUCUCUCUCAACGGAAUCAGUGUUGGCCAAAUGCCAAGUUCCAACUUGGACAUCGUUGUCUCAAGACGAAGUUACAUCUUGCACCUUGGAUCAUAUCUGGUUAAUCUCUGAUCUUGUUGAUUCACAAUUGAAACAAAAGAUUCAAAGUGAUAUUCAUCUGCAGAAAUAUGUUUACGAUGAUUGGAUCGCCUCCGAAAAUGAACUGUUUCUAAGAGAAAAGGCUAUUUGGGGACCUGAACAUGGAUCGAAACGUUUAGAUAAAUGGAAACUUGAUAUGACUGAAGGUCCACAUCGAGUGAGAAAGAAAAUGGUCAAAAACAAUCUUUUCUAUGUCCAUUAUCCUUACCGACCUGAGAUCGACUCAUCGAAAAAUAGUACGAGAAAAAAGGGCAAAUACAAUCCUCCGAUCAGUUUUCACUCUUAUGAAUACUUUAAACGGAAUAGCCAGGAAGUCCAUAUUCUACUCGAACGAGAAUCAAACUCUUCAACGGAAGCGGAAAAAGAUGAUGAAAGUUUUUUAGAGGGCAGAAUUUCAGAGGAAAGAGAAAACUCAUUCGAAGGGAUAAAAACAUCAUCUUAUCUUUCGGUCAAAACUCCAUCUACUGACCAAGACGAUUCUGAUAUAGAAAUGGCCUCAGAUGCAUCGGUACAUGUCAGUGAAGGUUUGAUCGAGAACGGUGAUUGGGAACAAGUUGAAGCUCAGACAGUUCUUCGUUUACUCAAUGACGGAGAAAAAAUAUCUCACAUGUUUCGUUGUGCUCGAAUUUUAGGUCUAGACACUUUCGAAGGCUUAUUAUUAUUCGGCAAGGAGCAUUUCUAUUUGAUCGACGGGUUCACUCUUCUCAAAACUCGAGAGAUACGUGACAUUGACUCACUUCCACCCGAUAUGCAUGAUCCAAUUGUUCCGACAACAUCAACACCUCGAAGCUCUAUUGCAUCAAGAGUAAAGAAAAGUUCAACUGAAAAGAUUUGUAUGAAAUUCGCUUAUGAGGAUAUCAAAGAAGUCCACAAAAGACGGUACCUUUUACAGCCUAUCGCUCUCGAAAUUUUCUCAAUGGACGGACGCAAUUCUUUAAUCGUUUUCCCGAGAAAGUUACGAAACAAGGUUUUCUCCCGUUAUAUGUCCGUGGCCACACAUAUCACUGAUAACGCUCAAGAUUCACUUUCCGGUCAAAAAAGAAAUGUUAAUGUCGAGAGUGGAACUGGAAUAUUCAGUAGUCUUAUUGGUGACACUUCCGUUACCCAGAGAUGGGUUAGAGACGAAAUCAGUAAUUUUCAAUAUCUAAUGCAUCUCAAUACUCUUGCUGGGCGUUCAUAUAAUGAUCUUAUGCAAUAUCCUGUCUUUCCCUGGAUUUUGGCUGAUUAUUCAUCACCAGAACUCGAUCUCUCGGAUCCUCUUUCAUUUCGUGAUUUAUCAAAGCCAAUGGGAGCACAAACACCCGAUAGAUUAGAACAAUUUCGUAAGCGAUACAUUGAAUGGGACGAUUUGCACGGCGAAACACCACCUUACCAUUAUGGAACCUUUUACUCGUCGGCCAUGAUUGUAGCAUCUUAUUUAGUUCGAAUGGAACCUUUCACACAACAUUUCCUUCAUCUUCAAGGAGGCCAUUUUGAUCUUGCCGACCGGAUGUUCCAUUCAAUUGGCGAUGCCUACAUGUCAGCAGCUAAAAACAACAUGGCUGAUGUGAAAGAAUUGAUUCCAGAGUUUUUCAAUCUACCCGAAUUUCUUGUUAACCAUAAUGCUUAUGAUCUUGGUGUCAAACAGAAUGGAGUCCGUUUAGGUGAUGUUAUCUUACCUCCUUGGGCGAAAGGCGAUGCUCGUGAGUUCAUACGUAUGCACCGAGAAGCCUUAGAAUGUGAUUACGUUUCGGCAAAUAUUCACAAGUGGAUAGAUCUUAUUUUUGGUUAUAAGCAACAGGGAUCUGCUGCUGUUGAGGCCGUUAACGUUUUCCAUCAUUUGUUUUAUGAGGGCAACGUUGAUAUUUAUACAAUUGAAGAUCCGUUGAAGAAAAAUGCAACCAUUGGCUUUAUCAACAAUUUCGGGCAAAUACCAAAACAGUUAUUCAAGAAAGCGCACCCGGCGAAGAAAGUUCACCACUCGAGUGGUGCACCGUUAACGCCGAUAUUACCGACAGUUGGAUUGCAUAAUGUUCUAUUACAUGGAGGUCAAGACAAGUUGAUUAUUCAUAAUCUCGAAAAUUUGAGACCUUCUUUACAUCCAGUUAAAGAAUUGAAAGGGGCCGUGGGUCAGAUUAUUCAACAGGAAAAAACUUUACUUGCGGUCGAACAGAAUAAAGUUCUGAUUGCGCCAACAUUCAGUCGGUAUGUUGCUUGGGGAUUUGCAGACCAUUCCAUUCGUAUCGGACCCUAUGAAAGUGAUCGGGCUUUGUACAUUUUUGAAUCGGAUUUUCUACCUUCCAAUGGCGAAAUACUUUGUGCAACUGUUCCCAAUCCAAGGUUACUCAUAACCGCAGGUACUAAUUCAGUGAUUACAGCGUGGAGGUUGAAGGGUAAAAACAAUUCUCUCCAGCUAGUAACUCAUCUCUAUGGGCAUAAAGAGGCCAUUACAUGCUUGACUUCGUCUGCUGCUUACGGUAUUAUCGUAAGUGGUUCCCGUGAUCGCACUUGUAUCAUUUGGGACUUGAACCGGUUAAUUAGCGUGAGACAACUUGGUAGCGGCUUCGAACCUGAUUUACACCAUCCUUCACCAAUUGCUGCUGUUUCAAUAAACGAUUUGACCGGAGACAUUGCUACAUGCUCAGGUAAUUGGCUAUUUCUUUGGUCAAUAAAUGGUGAUCUUUUAGCCAGUGUUAACACGAGUGCCGCUAGUCCAGCAAUUGAAAUAAAUGGUCCAGAAGCUAAACAGCCUAUUAAUGCUUCAUCAACUCAAAUACUAUGCGCAGCGUUUUCCCUCAAUAACGAGUGGGAUCUCGACAAUAUAAUUAUAACAGGAUCGAGUGAUGGAGUUGUUCGUAUGUGGUCCGUUCAGUACUAUCAAGUCCCAAUUGACGAGCCAACUGUUGAUAAUGGUACAUGCAGUUCAUCCGAUUCAUCUAAAGCAUCAACUCCACAAGAACUUGAUAAAGCCGUUAGUCAUUUAGUUGGUCCAUCUUCUGGAGAGGAAAUUGUUCGUCGGAUGAGUAUAGCAUCAGUGAAAGCUGAAGAAAGUAUCGCAGACGAAGAUGAUUUUCAAGAUAAAGAGUAUUGCAACUCAUCGCGCUACGAAUCAACUCCGAAUAAGUUAGAUUCCUGCAUAUCAUCAAAACAAAAAACGUCCUUACAAAAUAAACCAGAGCCGAGCCAGACCAAUAAUAACAUAUCAGUAGCCACGAUAACUCAUUCAAAAUCAAUCGCAACCGAUCUUCCCCUGGUAAAUAUUGUUGGUAGUGACGAAAACAAUGAAAAUUGUAAUCCUGGUGAAUCGACUUUACAACUAGUUGAAAGCACAAGUAACACCGAUAAAAUGACUAGAAAGAAAAUUCCGGCUCCGUUAGAAAUACCGAAAAUUAGGGCUUCGAAAUCAGAUACAUCUCUGAUCGAUUCAACCCUUACAGGGUGUAAUAUGAUUGAUUCUAUUUUAAAACCAGGUCAUAAAUGGUCCAUGAAACUUUACUUUAGAUGCAAGCUCACAAUGCACACUGCAUUUGAAUGCAAAGAUAACCCUGAACCCGCUGCGGUGACCGCAAUUACUAUUUCAAAGGAUAACAAGACCAUUUUCGUUGGAGAUGCUCGAGGCAGAAUAUACAGUUGGAGUUUUUCUGAUGGACGGGGUUUUGGUAACCAUUGGGGAAAAGAGGAAAAUGUCGAUUAUUGUUCCAAGUGUAACGUCAAAUUUACAACCACAGGACAUAAAAAUCAAUGUCGUUAUUGUGACCUUUCAUUCUGUUCAAAAUGUAUUAAAAAUGUUGAAGCUAUGAAAAGACCAAAUGACCAGAACAAAAAACCAGUUCAAGUUUGUAAUAAUUGCUUCAUGAUUCUGCAAAAGAAAUGAUUUAUAGCAAUCAUCAUAUUGGUAAAUCGACACUAACUUUCAAUGUAACGGAUUGUAUAUGUAUAUUAAACUUGUAAAAUGAUGAAUAAUAGUUAUCACUCGAAUGAUCAUGUAGUGACUUAAGAAAAACCCUCAACUACCGUUUGUUAAAUAAAGAAGAUCUAAGAUAUAUCAAA